AGCGGGAGGAAUGGCGGAGGGCUGGAGGGAGGAGGGGACGUGCGGGGAGAUCAUGACUCCGGGUAAAAACGGAGAAUUAUGUGGAGACUGCGGAGAUAGAUUAGCUCCGGUUAACCGGAGUCCUGACCCGAACCAACCGGAGUCCUGUCCUGUGAGCGGGGAGCGCUGUUUGAGGGCGGUAGCUCCGGGCGGGUUAAGGCCGGGAGAGAGUGAGUGCUGCCCGGCUAGAGCCGGCGCGGUUACCGGCGAUGUUACCGAUAUCGGAGGAAAGCAGAAUUCGGUUAAAGAUGGAAUAAAUAUUAGACUGGAACCGGUAAACAGCGAGGACGGUAUUACCGCAGAUUCUUCACCAGCAGGAGAAGAUCACCGGAAAACAAGUUCAGCAGAUACAGACCUGCCGCUCUCAGAGUCGGCCCCGAAGGAGGAUGCUGAACGCAGUACGAUGUCUGGCUGGCAGGCUGCCGGUGAUGAUGAGCAGAUAGCGAGGAGAGCGCGAGAUGAAGGGCAGGUGGACGUUGUGUUUCCUGGCACCGUGACGCAGGACGGCUGCUGUCGGUUCGUCUGCGAGCUCCUCAAGUGUGUCCUGUACCAGCGGCAGCAGCUGCCCAUGACCUACGACCAGAUGGUGUUCUUCCAGAAACAGCAGCACGCCUCCAUACAGUCAGAGGAAGCAGCAGUGAAGAAACCUGUUAAAACAUCUGGAGGCCUGAACUGGAAUAAAUGCCAGCGGACUCUGCAGGAUCUGGACGACGUGUUGGGUAAUCUGGAGGCUCUUUUCUCUCUCAGCCGGGUCCCGCGGGUGCUCUUCCUGCUGGGCGGCUCUGUGGUUCUGCCCACCGAGCUCUACGAGGUGAACAUGGAGGCGCUGGUGUCGGGAGGCGGCGAGAGGACUCUGCGGACGUUGGCUUGUUUACGGCAGCUCUUCCGCGCUCUGUUUGUGGCCGAUUUGCUCUCUGACGUGAAACCGGUUCGCCUCACCGGCACCACGGUCAUGGCACUUGCCCACCGGGACUGUGGCGUGGCGUGGUUUAAGCCGAAGGUUACUUUUAGGAUGCCAACCAAAGUGAAGAGGCGGCUGAUUUCGUUAUCAUCUGACGUUUCAGUGAGUGGUGCAGCUAAUCCACCCGCCAGAGAAUGGGACGAUUAUAUCUGGUUUCAAGCUCCAGUGACUGUUAAGGGUUUUUGUAUAUGACAGGGAACGGAAAGGACGUCCUAGAAUAAUAUUAAUGUUUAAGGUGCUAAAAAGGGUUCUUUAACAUUAUACCAUAGGAAAAAAACUAUUUUGGUUUUAUUAAAAACAUUCAAAUGGAUAGUCAUUGGAAGAAAGCAACUAUUUUUGUUAACGAGAUGAGUAUGAGCAUGAAGACCAUUUUUAGUGUUUACAUUAUGAAAAGGUUCUAAACCUAAAUUUCUUGAAUCUUGUUGUGUUGCGUGGAGUUUGUUGUAUUUUUAAGUUCAGUUUAAGUAUCUUUUUAACACUUGAAAGUCCAGACCAAAGUUUAUGUGUUUAUUACAUUAUGUACUGCACAUUUAUUCUGUUUAGUUUUUAUUACACUCUGAAGUUUAGUGACCGAGUGCACUAAAGGACUUUACUAUGUUCCGUCAUCAUCACCUACGUGAGAGGAGUUUUCCUAUACUUGACGUUGAUUGGUUUGUAGAAAGGUGUGUUGGACAGUGUUUUGUUUUGCUGAAUUUUGCCUACCUGCCAGGGUUCAACAGAUUACGGUGCUGGUGAUUCUGUAUCUACUGUAACUGUAGAUUAACCCUUAUUUAUAAACACUAAUUAUAAGAAUCCGAGGGGAAUCUUAUUCUCAUUCUGCUGCGUCUGUACUCAACGGGAGAGAAUUCAGUACAACACCUGAAAAUUCAACAACAUAUUCGAACACAUUCUACAAACCAAUCAGUGCUGGCUACAGGGAAACUCCGCCCACAGAGGUGGUGAUGGCAAGGCAAUGUUAAUGUGCUCAGUCACUAAACUACACUGUGAAACUAAACAAAAAUAACUGUACACAAUGUAUAAAAUGUAAUAACCACAUAAAUCUUAUUUCACUCUAUGUAAGCUCUUUUGGUUACAGCAAAUGUUGGUCCUUUAGUCUGGACUGUGCAUUGUGGCCCCAGCUAUUGUGGUUCAGAUAAGGCAGGUAUGAAAGCAGCCUUACAGAGGAAUUAAAAGAUUCUGUGUGGAACCUGUACUGGUUCUUGUGUAGCUUUGUGCCUUAAUUUUUAGGAAUACAUGAAUUAAAACUUAUUACUAAGCAGCAGAAAGUUUAAGGCUUCAGGAACCUAAACAAAACCUUAAAACAUCCAUUCUCACUCAGGAAACUCCCAUAGGGCCAGUAUUACAUUAUACAUUCAGGAACUUUUAACUUGUAAUUAAACAAUUAAACUUCACCUCAGUAAAAACAUUGUAAAGUGAGCAUCGAUGUCAAGCUUAUUUUUUUUAUUUCAUUGCAUUUUAUCAUGAAAUAUUAAUGAAAAUGAUGAUACAUUUGCAAAAUGUCAGUCAUCUCAUUUUAAAAAUGAAAUUAUGCGGCAGUCGUGUCUAAAUUAUUGCUCAGUGAAUGUCCUCAAGCUUGAUUUUUCUUUUUAUUAUGAUUGGUUGUCUCUUAUUCUUGGUGCCAAAUAUUAUACUUUUAUCUUUAUCUUUGUUUUAUUAAAUUUCCUCAAACAAAAAUGCUAAAACUUGUUGGAAGUGAUAUUUUUUAAGCAUGUGAAAAUACAAUACACUGAUAUGGCACAUGUCCCAUGAAAUAAAUAAAUAAAUAGCAGCGUUGACCGAAUCACUGAUUAUCAGUAAAUUUUACAUUUCAUUUGUAAAUCAAGAAGGCAGAGUCUGGAGGAAGAGUGGAGAGACACACAGUCCAAACUGCUCGAGGUCUAGUGUGAAGUUUCCACCAAUCAGUGAUGGUCUGGAGAGACAUGUCAUCUGCUUGUGCUUGUUAUGGAGAGGGGGAUUUCAUUUUCCUUCAGGACUUGGCACACUGCCCACACUGCCAAAAGUACCAAUUGGUCUUAUAUAAUAUUCUAAUUUUCUGAGACACUAAUGUGACUCUGUGUGUAAUGCAUAUAUAUAAUACAUGGGUUUUACAUUUUUAACUGAAUUACUAAAAUAAAGUUAAUUUUCAAUGAUAUUCUAAUUUUCUGAGAUGCAUUAAAAUGUUUUAGAUAGUGAAGAUGAUUUACAGUAUUCUGAUAGUUGAAAUGAGUCAGAGAUUUGAUUUGAUUUGAUUCGUUUAAAAGGACAGUUCAAAAGAGUCAUUUUGCUUAUUUGAAUCACACCUACUCUUUUGUUUCACACAGUAAUUCAGAUCCGUGCUAUUCUGCUCACUGACGGAGCUGAUGCGAAUCUGAGAUUCGAAACAUUUAAAGGGACAGUUCAAAAGAGUCGGUUCCCUCAUUUGACUCACAUUGCCUUGUACAGUGCUGUUCGAUUCAUAUAGCGAGUCAGAUGCCCACUUGGCUACAUUUCUAAGGAUUCUGUGAGUCGGUUCGUGUAUUGGUGUAAAAGAGCAUUUGGAAGGAAUCGGUUCAGUAAGAUUCAUUCAGCAGCUGACCGUACCGAACGCGAUGUGACAGGCCGGUUUUGAACGUGGUCCCAGCGGCGCGCGCUCCGCUCGUUCGCUCCUCCGCGAGGCUGCCGUUGCUAGCCAACCACUUCAACACGCUCUCGCCGCUGGACCCGCCCCUGCGCGACGGGGAUUGGUUGUCGCGCCGAGCAGCGCGGUGGAGCGGACCAAUGACGGCGCCGCUCGCCCGCCGCUCUCGGUUUGAGUCAGGGUAGGUUGUGCGGGAGGCUCCGCUGGUGUUCCGUCGAUUUGUGCUAACCGUUGAUAUGUGCCACUUCUGAGAUCAGCGCAUGCGCGGACACAUUUAUUUUAACGUUUACCUGUGUUUUUCGUUAUAAUUCGCGAUUUUAAAUGAAAUCAAUUCUAAAAUAUAUUCUAUAAAUUAUUCUACUUACCAUGAUAUGUAUAUGUGUGUGUGGUUAUUUAGCUAUUUCUGAUUUUCUUAUUUCAACAGUGAGCCACUAUAUUAACAAUUACUGCAAACCAAAAAAAAAAAAAAAAAAAAACACAGAUAAAAAUGGGAGCAACAUUAUUAUCCACUAGAAGUAUUAGUAGCAUGUUGGUCAAAAUCGAUUUUACGUGUCUUCUUUGUCAGCAGAGUAAUAAAUACAAAAAUACUAUUACAAUACUUCAGGGUAUUUUUGCAUUAAUUCACUAAUGCAGCAAAAUAAAUAUUAUUUACGUAGUAAUACAUGGACCAUAUGGCCCUAAAACAAUAUGACAAUAUUUGAGGGUAUUUAUGCUAUAACGAUAGUCAAACGAUAGUUAUCGAUAUUAUUGCAUCCAAUAUGAUAUGCCACGACCAUAAUGAACCGUAUUUUGUUGAUGAGUAAUUUAUAUCUGAAUUUUCUAUGUGUGGAUGAGAGUAAAACAUUAAAAAAAUGUAUGAAUUUGCUGUUGAACACUUAUAAUCUGACUGCGUUUGUGUUGUGAUUAUGGGUGUUGAUUAACUCGAUGUUUCCUGCACUGUUUGUUUAUUUUGUUUUCUUAUUUUUUAUUUACUUGCAUUUGCGUAACAUUCUUUUGCUUAUAAUAAAAUAAAAAUAAAUACAUUCAAAAA